CGAGGAUCCUCAAAGCCAUGCUAGUGGACAAACAGUGGCUAGAGUUUAGCAAAGACUCGAUGCGUUCUCAUAUCAGCACAAAUUGAAUCGCACCAGGGAUCCAAGCACUUUUAUUCUUUCGUCUCCAAGAUUUGAGAUUGAUUGGAAGCUAGCCAUGGAGCUGGAAACCCGAGGAUUGUGAGCAAGGGGCAUAGAAAAGUGGGCGUAGCACCCUUUUUUCGAAGUUCCCACACAGGUUGAGAAUUGACCAUUCCUGACAUCCAGAAGCUUUUGAUAUCACUCGAAUCCAAGCCUUGCAGCUCGAGAGUCGAGACAAUAAAACGCGUGCGACUGGAAUAUUCUCGCCAAUGGCGAAAUUCGUGUUUGUGCACGGCGCAGGGCAUGGCGCAUGGUGUUGGUACAAGGUCUUGCCUCGUCUCCGUCAAGCGGGCCACGCGGCCCUGGCCGUGGAUCUCUCCAGCGCCGGGAUCAGCACCGUUGAUCCCAACGAGGUGAGAACCUUGGCUCGUUACUCGCAGCCUCUCGUCGAGCUCAUCGAGUUCCUUCCUCAAGGAGACAAGAUCGUGCUCGUGGGUCACAGCCUUGGGGGGAUUGUCGUCACUUAUGUCAUGGAGAAGUAUCCCACGAAGUGUGCAGCGGCAAUCUUCGUGGUGGCAUCGAUGCUCCCUUCGGGUCCCAAAGCUAUAGAGGUCCGAGACAAGGCGGUGAUGUCUGGUUUCUCAGAAAUUGUAGAUAGGUUCUACACCAAGGGCUCGGAAGUUCCAACCUCGUCAAGACUCAAACCGGAGCAUCACCAGCCUGUGCUUUACCAUCUUUGUUCUUCCGAGGACGUGGAGCUAGCAAAUCUUCUUCUCAAACCAAAUCCUUUGUUGCCACCCUCUGAAAUCGCGGUGGAGUACACCAAAGAGAAGUAUGGAAGUGUUCCUCGUUAUUACAUCAAAGGGAUGCAUGACAGAGUGAUACCUGCGGCAAUGCAAGAUUAUCUCCUGGAAAACAAUCCCCCCAACGGUGUUCUAGAGCUUGCAUCUGAUCACAGCCCCUUCUUUUCCACUCCAGAUGAGCUUGUAAAGGCACUUGUAAGCAUCAUAACAUCGUUAAAAUGAAAACAUUCUAGAGAAUUGCAAAUGCAA